CCUCCCACUCCGCUGCACGGAGCCGAGCCGCCGCCGGAGCUACAGACGCACUCGGCGGAGUUCGGUUCGUCUCUGCCCCGCAGCUCGCUAACCUCGCAGCAAGGCCACUGCGGGAAGAUGGCGACGGAAAAAACCAAACAUGAAGGAAGAGUGAAAAUCGGACAUUACAUCCUCGGAGACACGCUCGGAGUGGGCACGUUCGGGAAGGUUAAAGUGGGCCAACACGAGCUGACCAAGCACCAAGUGGCGGUGAAGAUCUUGAACAGGCAGAAGAUCCGCAGUCUGGAUGUGGUGGGAAAGAUUCGCCGGGAGAUCCAGAACCUCAAGCUUUUCAGGCAUCCUCACAUAAUUAAACUGUAUCAGGUUAUAAGCACCCCGACAGAUAUCUUCAUGGUGAUGGAAUAUGUCUCGGGAGGAGAGCUCUUUGACUACAUCUGCAAAAAUGGAAAGUUGGAUGAAAAGGAGAGUCGCCGGCUGUUCCAGCAGAUUAUUUCUGCAGUAGACUACUGCCACAGACACAUGGUGGUGCACCGAGACCUCAAGCCUGAAAAUGUGCUGCUCGAUGCACACAUGAAUGCCAAGAUUGCUGACUUUGGUUUAUCAAACAUGAUGUCGGACGGAGAGUUCCUGCGAACGAGCUGUGGUUCUCCAAACUAUGCUGCUCCUGAGGUCAUCUCAGGGAGGUUAUAUGCUGGUCCGGAGGUCGACAUCUGGAGCAGUGGGGUCAUUCUCUAUGCCUUGUUGUGUGGGACUCUUCCCUUCGACGACGACCACGUGCCAACGCUCUUUAAGAAGAUCUGUGAUGGGAUAUUUUUCACCCCACAGUAUCUGAACGCUUCGGUAAUAAGCCUCCUGAAACACAUGCUUCAGGUGGACCCCAUGAAAAGAGCCACCAUCAGAGAAAUCAGAGAGGACGAGUGGUUCAAACAGGACCUACCCAAGUAUUUGUUCCCGGAGGACCCCUCCUACAGCAACAACAUGAUUGACGACGAGGCCCUGAAGGAGGUGUGCGAGAAGUUUGAGUGCACAGAGGAGGAGGUCCUGACCUGCAUAUACAGUCGCAACCAUCAGGAUCCGCUGGCCGUCGCCUAUCACCUCAUCAUUGACAAUCGUCGUAUCAUGAACGAAGCCAAGGAUUUCUACCUGGCGUCCAGCCCCCCAGACUCUUUUCUAGAGGAGCACAUGACCUCGUCCGGAGCAGCUGUUGCCGGCGUCGUCAAGCCGCACCCCGAACGCGUACCUUUCCUCUUGGCGGAGACCCCUCCGCGGCCUCGGCACACACUGGACGAACUGAACCCCCAGAAGUCCAAGCACCAGGGUGUCAGAAGGGCCAAGUGGCACCUAGGUAUCCGCAGUCAGAGUAGGCCCAAUGACAUCAUGUCGGAGGUGUGCCGUGCCAUGAAACAGCUGGAUUAUGAGUGGAAGGUAGUGAAUCCGUAUUAUUUACGUGUGAGAAGGAAGAAUCCUAUCACCGGGAUGCAAACCAAGAUGAGCCUUCAACUCUACCAGGUGGACAGUAGAACCUACCUCCUAGACUUCCGUAGCAUUGACGAUGAUAUGCUGGAGACAAAAUCUGGAACUGCGACCCCUCUGCGCUCUGGGUCUGUGGGCAACUACCGCACCACUAUUAAGAGUGACGUAGAUGGGGCUGAUACUCCACCUGCAUCUAGCACCGUGCACCCCACCAAGGCGGCGGAAGGCUCCUUAGCGUCAUCGUUAACCUCAUCCAUUGACUCGGCGGGAGGGGCGGACAGUGUGCCCGUCCCUCGGCCGGGGAGCCACACCAUCGAGUUCUUUGAGAUGUGCGCGAAUCUUAUUAAACUGCUCGCACGAUAACUUGCAAAACAAUCGCUAGCCUUUUAUCCUCUCUGAGUGUCUUUAUAGCAAUAAGCAUGCAACCGAUUCAUGGCUCAGUUCAUCCCGGCGGAGGAUGAAGUGGUUGUUCCAUGGCACUGAUGCAGGUUGGUGUUUCCCAAAGCCGAAGGGAUGUAUACCGAGCUGACGGGGGAUGUAAGGGGUUAUUGGAAGAGUUGAAUGACAAGCUAUGUAAUAGCUACGACAGAGCAACACUUCAGAUGGUUUUUGGUUUAUUUUGCAGUUUCCUGAUCAGUUUGAUAGCAAAAGUCCACGUACUGCCCAUACAUAAACGCUCAAGUGAGUACACUGAAUUUUCUGUACUGUAGCCAGUGAGCAUUCCAGUACAGAGAACCAAUUUUUUGCCUGCAGAGAAAGGAAGCCACAUGUUGAGGGUCGGGUAGUUGGGUGGCAGACGUGUAGGAUGCAGGAAGCACUUUUGCACAGAGUACCCUUUCUUUCCUGCUGCUCCGUGUUUUUUUUUUUCUCUCAGUAGGGAUCAGAGAAGUGGUGCAGAUGUAUCGGGGUGCUGCACUGGCUAUAAGGAGGGCUGUCAGGCCCAUCAUUCAUUGGACUACAAGAAGUGCAAUGGCCCCUGUGUUUCUGUCUUGCGUCAGGGAUAAAAGAUGCUUCAUCAGAUUUGAGUUAGGUUUUCUUUUUUGUGAAUCUGAGUUGUCAAACUAAAUUUUCAUGGUAUUGUCCUUGUUGUAAAAAAAAAUGUUUGAAAAAAUUGUCUGUCCCCAACAUUUUUAUAUAUAUAUAUAUAAAGAGGUGAAUAUAUUUAUCAGUACAUAAAGUGGACAGUGUUUUUUCUGUUGGAAAUUGAUUUUUCUUUCUGCAUUAAGAUCUAUUGCUGGAUGGUAUAUUAUUUUCCUUUUUUACUAUCUUGUUGUUGUUUUUUUUUAAAUCAAUAUCAGUUUUGUUUCCUUCAAUCACAAUUAAUCUGAUACUUGAUUGUCUUUCCAGAUAAAUAUAGCCUGCUUUAACGAUUCAAGAGAUAUUUUGCCAUGGCAGUCAAAAUCUAGAAAUAUCAUAUUCAGCUUCACAUAAUACCAUUACAUGUUUUAUUUUUACUUUUUGUUGUAUUUUUUUUAAUUAUUAGGAUUCAAGAAUGAUUUCUGAGUGAAAUGCCUUUUGCCUACAUUCAAUUCAUAAAUGCCAAUCUAUCCCAAGCGUAAAGGCCUCAAUUUGAAAAUGAGUAGCAGCAAUUACAUGCAACGCAUGGUCGGUGUCUAUCAACAGUUGAAUACAUCCAAAAUAUUGUCAUUUUUUUGAGAUAUGUCCAUAUUUUGAUUUGGCCACAUUCCCUUGACUGUUCACCUCGGUAAAAAGCUUCACAUGUAUUUGAACCUGAAACAAACUUGUGAGCUUGUAAUUAUUGAGUCCUACCAGGUAAAUCGCAGUUCUGACAAAUGACAAAACAUCACAAGUAUUUAGAUCACAAAUGUGCAGCUGAAUUAGUCAUACAAAAAUGUCAGACAGAACGUUCUGCUUACAAUCUCACAAAGUUUUAUGAAGUGUGUCUCUCAAUUUCCUGUCCAAAGUUUUUUAAGUGGUGUCUGUUGUUUGCCUGCCUUAAUAUUAUCAGUACUGUUGAUGAGUUUUUGCGUCAGUCCAGGUUUGAAUUCAGUGCUGAUCAAAAUUAUCGCCACCUUUUACCUCUUACUAUUAGUUAAAAAUACACAGAUUCUUAAUAAGUUGACAUUUCAGAAGUGGAAACAAUAAACAAUUAUUAACUGGAAAACUUAAAACAAAGUUAAGGUGCUCUUGCCAAACUACUGUAGACAUCAGUAUCCAACUUAUGAAGUAAACUGGGUUUUCAUAUUUUUGUCUUUUGUCAAUUGUAAACCAGGUUUUAAAGAACGUUGCAUGUUCUUGUUGUAAUAUCAGAUACUUCAACAAAAAAAGUUAGAUUUUUAUUAAGAGUUAUCAGCAGUUGCUGAAGUCUAAGUUUCCAGUGUUUAGCUCUCCACAUCUUUAAAACAACAAUUUUACAUUUCAAGAAGACAUAAUACAACAAAAAGGUGUGACAAAGAUUGGGAUCAUCUUGUCUCCUUGCUGUCCCACAGAAUAGGUUUGGGCUAAAAUAUUGAGUUGAUAUUUGACCUUUAUGUCUCACUUUUAAACUACAGUUUAUGACACACGGUGGUCUUGAAAAGAUGUUGUCAAACAAAAACUUUUUUUUUUAGUCUGGAAGGGCAGUUGCAAGUUCUGAUUACAAAACAUGGUCAUGGCUUUACAUGAUGGGUUUUGCAGAAAACAUGAAUGUGUGAAACGGUGACCCUUUUGACAGCUUAUGAAGUAGUUUCCUAGUAGACUGUGAGUUCUAUCAGUCUGUCUGUUUGAACUGCUUCUAAGAAAAAAUAUUGUUCUAUUUUUGUUUGGUGUGUAAAGGGACCCUACUAGAUUGAUCAGUGUAUAUCUGAACGGACAGUGUUGAAAUCAUUUGUAUACACAACUGCCUAAUAAACUGCUAAAUUGCACAGUU